GAGAGAGAGAGAGAGAGAGAGAGAGAGAGCAGUAAACUGAAAAAUGGGAGUGAAGAUAAUGCCCAUUGCUCAGUGACAAGGAAGGAUAACUGAAUGUUGGACAGUUCAGACACAGGCAAGGUAGAGGCAACAAUUCUACUAGAGAUGUCAUCCUACGUGCGCAACAAAGACCCAUCUUCUCAUACCAGAAAAUCUAUUUUGGAGUCACCAACCAUCGCUCCAUUCUCUGGCAACAAAAGCUUUAGACAUGGCAGAUCUAGGGGUGACACCAGCGAAGUGGAAAGUGCUUCAGAAACACUUGGUAAUACCAGCUUCUACACACGUCGGGAACUGGAUUUUCUAAACAAGACUACUGACUUUGCCAGCAAGGACUACAAGAAGAAGCAGGAGAGAACAUCUCAGAGGCCCACUGUAUUUGAUUCAGAAAAAAUGGGAAAGCAGGUGCUUGAGAAGAGGGUGACUGAGAUGGAAGAAGAUAUUAAGGUUUUGGCAGAGCUGAAGUCAGAUAACCAGCAUCUAAAGGAUGAGAAUGGGGCUUUAAUCAGAGUGAUCAGCAAGCUUUCCAAAUGAGAAAAAUGAGCUCAAUAGGUUUCUGAGCAUUAAUGGCCAGCCACUCAAUAAAUUAUGCUCUCUUAUUUCUUUGUCUAAAUUGCCUUUUGAUGGUUGCUGUUACAAAGAUAAAGACAUAAAUGAACUGCCUUGUUGCACAAGAUAAGCAACUGCUCCUUAACUAACUUAUUUUAAUACAUUAUGGGUUGGCAGAACAUAUUGUAAUGUGGAAUCAAGGUACCAUUUCACUUACAUAUGGCUUACAUGUAGAUAUGUAGAUAUAAAUUGUUUAACCACAACAGCAAAUAACCAAAAACUAAGCAAGUGAAAAUAUCAAUUUUAAAAAGUUUUUAUAAAAACUAAAAAUACUUUUUUCCUUGGUUUUAAAAAGACUAGGCACAGGGAUUAGGUAAUUGCUUCCAUAAAAAGUAGUCUAUUUAUGAGUGUGGAAUUUGAAGUGAGCCUGUAGGAAAACUACUGCAUAAAAGCCCCCACAGUCUGGCAACCCCUAAACACAGACAUUACCACAACAUCCAUUUACUCAUCUUCCAUGCGAUUAAAGUUGAUUAUAAAUCUUUUUGGCAGAUGUAAUAAGAGGAAUGUUUCUAAGUGCCACUGUUACCUCUCUUGUGGCAAUACCUUUAAAAACCACACUUAAAUGUUAUGCAAGCCAAUGCCAUUCUCCUUGCUCUCUUUUGAAUAUACAAUUUAUGUGCCACAAUUAUAUAAAUGCACCUAACCUUUGCAUCUCAUAGAACACUUGGUACAAUGUGUUUAAUACAAUUAGUAUUCACAUUAAUAAAUAUGAUGGAAUAUUUCCUGAUUAAAGAUAACAAAGAACUAUAUAAUUAAUAUUCUUCUAAUAAAUGUGUAAUGUUAUUUUGUCCUUUGAAAUAUUGCAUUUAAGAGGUUAAUGAUUUUGACUGAUACACAUUUUUUCUGUAUAUUUUGCAUGAGACGUAUUGUCAUGUAUCCUUUGAGUCUGUCUGAAAAAUAUACUCGAUUUAAUUUUUGAAAUAAUUCUUUACUUUGAAAUAAAGCAAUUAAUAAAGAAAGAAACAGAUCAUCAGUUGAGAUCAUCUUUAGUGAAACAAGAUCAGCAUCUGAUCUGAUCUGAGCAUGAGUAAAAUGACAAUAAUGUCUAGCCUUUGGCACAUUUUAACUCCAACUCAGUUCAGAUGGGUUGGAGUUAAAAUGUGUCGAAGUGAAAGUGUGGUUUAGUGAACGUGAGUGAUUCCACCUGAGGCCAUGUGGGGAUAAAACACUCCUCAUUUGUCCAGCACAGUAAGGAGAUGAAAAAGGGCAAGAUCUUAUAAAAUAAAUUUAUGAAAACAAGGGUCUAAUGCAAUAAGACUAAUUUCCUCUAAAAGCUAAGUGUUCAGACUUUAUUUUAAAUUUCUAUCUUUUAAAAUGUAGGUUUCAGUUAAUUAUCACUAACAGAUUUGAGAUUGAUGUCUGGAUCACACCCAGACUUUUUUACUUGUCUGUCAAGGUUCGUGUUUUUUUUUCUUCUUAUUCCAAGUGUUUUCCAGUUUUUGUGUAAUAAACCAUGUAUUUUUAGUGA